AUUUGGGGGCGAAGCUGCACCGGCCCAGGCUCAUUGCUAUGGGCUGUUUCCUCAUGGCUGUAGGAUCCUUCCUCACAGGCCUGCCACACUUCUUCAUGGGACGGUAAAACAACUGAAAUUAAACUUGUACUUGUAGAGAUACUCCAAUGCGGAGGAUAGUUUCACUUUAGAAAUAAAGAAAUGUAUCCAGUUUUUGAUUAAUCUCAGGUAACUCAAACUAAAGUCUUGCGUAAUUGGUCAGCUGCUUGAUUAUGUUUUGGGGCCAUACAUGUUAAGAGAAGGGAUUAAGAGAUGCUAUAACUGAAGUGGUAAUGUUGGACCCAGGUGCAGAGAAGAGACCAGAAGAUGAAGCAGUGGUUCCAACCAGUGUCUCCACUGCUCAAGGGCCCACUUAACUGCCAAAAGCUCCCAGUUGUAUACAUCGUAGUUGCCUUCCGCUGGCGAGACCUGCUUGGAGUGAAAGGAGCAUGGGUGCAGUUUCUUGUCCUCCUUGUUCCACUGUGAAAGGACCACACCAGCUCCGGUGUCCGGGGCGUCCACCUCUACCACAAAGGGACGAGUAGGAUCAGGAUGAACGAGGAUGGGUUUGGAGGUGAAACGUCCCUUGAGCUCUAUGAAUGCCCUGUCAGCCUCGGGAUUCCUGCAAAAACCUGCUUGAGUGAGGUGGGACAGGGCCGUAAAUGUUCGGGGGGGUUUUGGAGAAGAUCGGGAUGUCGUCGAGGUGAACAAAGACGAACCGGUUCAACAUAUCCCUAAGAGUAUCAUUGAUCAAUGCCUGAAAGACUGCUGAUUUUAAGCGUUGCGGAGGUCCAGUUUGGUGAAGAAUUGGAUUCUUAGUGCCAACUCCGAGGCGGCGGACAUCGGGUGAGUUGAACCUGCCUGUGGGUGCAGUGGGGAUAUUCCUGGGAGGUCUACUGAUGAAGAGGUAUAAGCUUGGCAUUGUGUCUGGAUCCCAGAUGUCUUUCGUCAUCUCCUUCAUGGCCUACCUCCUCCUCCCUCUGCAGUCUGGCACUAAGUGUGACAACGUUCAGGUGGCUGGUCUGACCCUGUCCUAUAACGGAGUUUAAACGAAGAUGAUCCACAUGAUCAUCAAGGUUUGGAAGGUCAAGUCCAGAAAAUGAAGAAUGAUAUCCUGGGUUUAAACUAUCCAGAAGAUAGUGAAGUGAAGGAUCCCCUGCCUCAGAUCGAGCUCAAGGCUGUGACAAGGAGAAAAGUUAAGACCAAGAGGAAGACCAGUGCCAACAGGUCCACAGUUGAACAGAGCACUGAUACUGAUGCAGCUGAGAGAGAUUUUGUUGAUAAUCAGAAUGAUGAAGAAGAGGAUGAGGUGAAGAAGGAUCCUCUGCCUCAGAUGGAGCAGGAUGCCGUGAAGAGAAAUAAAGUCAAGACCAAGAGGACCAAGAGAAACAAAGUGGAGCAGAUUACUAAUACAGAUGCAGGUCCCUCUACAUCUGUGGAAUUCUCUGGGAUGGCAGUUCAGGGGACAUCUCACCAGGGACAAUCUAAUGAAAAGAUCCUAAGUGAGUGUGUCUCCAGGGCCUGUCAGACCAGGGCUCUUGACCUCCCGCCAAUCGAUCCGGAUGCUUUCAACCCGAUUAUCAUCCGGUUUCUGGAAAAACUUACUGAGGAGCAAUGGAGGCAGUUAAGCAUUGGCAGGAUGGACCCUGUGAUGAGGGCAUUGCUUGCAGAGAUGUGCCUGCAGAUUGUGCGGUUUGUAUCUGAGGCCAUCCUGGAGGUCAUCAUCCCUGCAAUUUUCCGUUUUGUACGGAUAUACAGCCAUGUGUCUCCAGUAUCCGGCAAGUCUCUGACAGAAUCAGAGAGAUCCUCUAGCACAAACCUGAAGGUUCGCAAGAGAGGCAGCAGCAAAUCCUCAAGGUCUUGCACGGCCAAAUCAAGCUCCUCUCGUAAUGGGUCUCAGACAGUGUUGCCAAAUACUCAGGGAGAUGGUGAGUCUAUUUCAUCUGAGCCACUCAGUGACUUUUUUGGGAUCACUGAGGACAGUCUCCUCACUGGUGUCCAGGAUUCCUUCAAAAAGUCACUGAACAAUGUCCUCUGUAUCCAAAGAGAGGGCCAGGUAGACACUCAAAGUCUAUCCCGGGUUAUUGUUGGAGAAGUGUCAAAGAAGGUCAAUUCCAUAAUCUCUGUGGCCAUCCAAACUCCCAUCUCUGGGCGAAUGUCCCCUGUCAUUUUUGCCAGUGGUGGUGUCUCCAGCACCAAGGUGGUUGAGGAGAUGGUGUCUGGCAUUUCCAACAUACUUCAGAUGUACAUUAAUGGGAAGAGUGUUGAGCAGAGUGUUGUUCUCAUAGAGGAUGGUGUUGAGGUGGAUAUGACACAUUUAACAGGACAGGUCAUGACAGCCCUCAGUGGCACUGUUUUGAACUUCAGCAAUAAGGAGGAAAAUGAACCCGACAAGAGGGAACUGCUUUGUGUUGUUGCUGACCACAUGAAGAUGCUUGAAGCUUGUAAAAGUCCCGAGGAGAUGCUAAAACAAGGAGAGAGCAACCUAAAUAUCAAAGGUGCCAAAUCUAGUCUUCGUCUGUCAACACAAAGUAUGGACAGACUACUCACUGAGGAGUUUCAGACCAAGGCCAUUGAAUCGAUCCGGGAGAUCGUUAAAAGAUUCAGGGGUUGUACAUCAUGUUGUUCUGGCACUACAUCAUCUAGUCCAACUCCUAGGAUAGGUGAGAUCAGAGACCUUAUGAUUGACCCUGAGGCUUCUGAGUUGGUAAGUACCUUUGUUUCAGACAUGGACAAUCUUACCCAGUCUAUCAGGGCAUCCUGCUCCCCUGCACAGGGUGAGCAGAUCCUUCUUGAAAACCAUCAAAGUAAGAUCUGGUCUUACACUGUUGGUUGUUACUACGACAUGAAAAAUACGCUGAAGAGGCUUCUUACCUGUCCAGAAAAAGGGGAUCUCGCAAGUACAUUUGUGGAGAGCACAAAGAUUCUUUCACAAUGGUUCCAACUUUGUGCCUGGACGUCGGUCAUUCCAGUAAUGGUGAGGCUGACACAUCAGACUCCAUUUUUUGUAAACCACUUUUAAUAACCCCCUCAUCUAUGAAUGAACAAAAAGGACAAAGUGAGACCCCAAAACCUCUCUUGGCUCUCAAAAAGUAUUUGCAAGACCAAGUCCUCCUUGACACCACAAAAGCGAUUGCCAGCCAGGUUCUAGUCUUGUAUAAGACUGAGGUGAUGGAGAAGUUCUCAUCUUCUGUUGGAGAGUGUGAUUCUGAAGAGUCUCUGGAGGCCAUUCUAUUUGUGGAUGGCAUCAUGUCUGACUUGAAUGAUUUCACCAGUUCUUGUUCCGCCUCACCAUCUGAGUUGUUAGACAGUGAACAAUGUCUCUCCCAUCUCACUUUUCCACUUGGUCUGCAGGACAGCACCACCAACAGUGAAUCUACCCAGAGUCUUCCAGUUAUAAAUAUGACAAAACUCUCCAGUGUGUCUUUCCAGACAAAGGCUAGAAAGGCAGUGAGUGAAGCUCUGAGAUCUGUCAACCCCUUUACAAACAGCUUACUGGGAGACUCUGAAGCAUCUAAAUUACUGGACACUUUUGUAACAGAUGUGGAGACUAUUGUUCAGUCCAUGCAGGCACAUGAAUCUGAAAUUCUCAGAAUUUCAAAAGUGAGCACCCUUUCUGCUGCUCGUAUUAUAUAUCAUAGAUUUCGAGAAAUGCUGAGGCGUUUUCUCACUUCCUGCCAAGACUCUGUAAAGGUCAUCGAUGGUGUUACACCAAUAUAUGAUGAGACUCUCAAACAGGCUCCUAGUG